AUGAAGAUCCUGGAGUCCUCCCAGACCCUGCUUCACGUGCUCAAGCGCGAGACGGUGAACCUCACCAAGAAGAAGCAAGGAGUGUGGCACACCCCACCCAGCGUCGGGAUGAGCCGAUACGUCAGUGUGACCCUGACCGAUGGCCGCGUCCUUGUGGGCGUCCUCAUGGCCGUCGAUAGGCACGUGAACAUCGUGCUGUGUAACACCGAGGAGUAUCGCAAGUACAAAGUCAAGGGCAAGCCAGAAGGAAAGGAAUUGAAGAGGAUGUUGGGCUUCAUCGUGGUCCGGGGCACGGGGAUUUUAUACAUUCAACCGGAGGAGCUCGGCAAGGAGGAUUUGGUCGAGACGGACAAGCCACGCAAGAAGGCUCAGGCCCCACAGGCGGCACCCGCCAAGCCAGCGGCACCAAAGCCAGCCGCACCCUCCGCAGGCGCUACCAUGAACCCUGCAGCGGCGCUGCUCGCUGGCAUGCGCGCGCCCUUGGUGAAUCCCUUAUUGGCAGCAGGUCUUCGCCCGGGUGGCCUUCCUGGGUUGCCCAGCAUGCCAGGGAUGCCUUCCAUGCCUUCCAUGGGGAUGCCCAACAUGGCCAUGCCUGGUGCCGGCCGUGGCAUGGCAAUGCCUGGCAUGCCAACCAUAAUUCCGGGCUACGAACGCCCGAACUCGGCAGAGGGCGUCGACCCCCGCGCAGAGCGGAAGAACAAAGACGCCGGUUCCAUGGCGACGGCCGACGCGGACGCGCGCUUGGUCGCCAACUACAUGCAUGCGCGAGGGGAUCUGCAGAACACCUCGGCCCGCUUCCGGGUGCCACAGCUCAUCCUGGAGGGGAAGGUCACCGAAGUACAGCUGGACAAGCCCAGCCCAGCGACGAUCCAUGCCGAUCCAUUGGCACGACUGGGCCUGGAGGCUGGCCACCUGGGGGAAAGGCUUGUGAUCGAAGAUAUUGAUCAACACCCCCGGCAGAGGACGCCAGUGGCUCAGUGGAACACCAUGGAGGAGCGACAGGCUUGCUUGGCGCAGAGCUUCCUGGACUGCGAUGAUUCCUGGUCCGACUUCCGCACGCGCUUGGCCUCGAAUGCGGAGCGGGGCUUCCCUCGCGAUGUGGAGCUGGCGGUGGUGGCACAGGAUCUGGUACAGCAGUACGGGGAUGAUUUGGAGGUGGACCCAGGUGCCAACUACGGCGCCAGCCGAGGCAUGCGGACCUUCACGGAGCACUGUAACGCGCCGACUCCAAAAGGCGACUUUUGUUUAUAUGGCCUAGUCUCUGCGCUGUGGAUGAUUGCACGGCAUGACCAUCCAGACAGUCAGAACUUGCUGCAACAUGCCAACUUCUUAUUGGGUUCCACCAUGAACCAUGUCUUGGACUUCACGGAGAGCUCCGCUUGGCCCAUUGGCACUUUAGACAUCCUGGCGAACCUGGAGUCCCCAGACCGCUUCCUGUUGCCGGCGGAGAUCAAGCAACGAGCUACACGGACCCUGCGCCCCCUGGCAGUGGUGGAGUCACAGCGGUUACCCGAGCGCUUUGAGCAUCCGCCGAUCCGUUUGGAGGUUUGGGAGUUGGGCGUCCAUGCUUCUCUGAGCGCUGAGGCGAUCCAGAUGUUGCUGCGGACCCUGGCCGUGGCGGAGUUCAAGUUCCGGAACAUCCUGAAGGAUCAGUAUCCGUUGUGGCUCCCGGAGAAGUGCCAGACCCUCUACUGGCAUCCGCGCUUGGACUGCACUGAGCCCGAGGACGAGAUCACCGAGCUCUUUCGGAGCUUCGUGCCGCUGAGCGCCACGUCCAAAGAGCCCAUCGUCGAUAUGGAUCGCUUCAUCCGGGAGUUUGAGAAGGUGGCGGGGCAACGCUUGAACUUUGUGGAUUUGCUCGUUUGUACGGUGCCCUAUUUGUGUUUGCUCUUUGAGCCUGUGGACCUCCCCACGAUUGGAUACUUUGGGCAUCCAUUGCUCUUCAUGGUUCCUGAGGAGGAAGAGCUCCGAGAGAAGUUCUGGAAACGCUUUGCCGACAUGGAGGCGAAGAGUGGAGUGGCCUUUGCAGUGAGUGAUCCCUUCCUGCAGAUGCAAUAUGAGUACCAGCUGGGCCGUCGCUUGACGGUGCUGCGGACGCACGCGCUCUACACGGGCGCGACGCACAUGCCCCAGCGACCGGAGGAGAUUUUGGUCUUGGAUCGGCCGCAUGAGGCGAUUCUCAUGUGUACGCUGCAGCGGUUGCUGGGUGAGCCCUUGGACUGGCGCACCAGCGACGGUCGCUUACGCGCGGCGGGCAGUGCCACGUAUCCCUUUCGCUUCCUGACGCGGCAGCUGACGGAUAAGAAGUUCAGCACCUUUGCGCAGUUCCGAGCCGUGGCGUUGUGGCCCUACGACAUGGAUCUCAUCACCUUCUAUGAGUUUUAUGGCAUGAACAUGCCGAUCUUCAUGCCUUCGCACCUCUCGAAGUACAUCUUCCAUCAAGACCACGAACACUACGACUUCCGCUGGGCUGCCCGAAACGUGGACUACGAGUCUCCGGAGCCAGCCCUCUGGAGCAGCGAGCUCACUGACCGAAGCCCCUUUGAGGAGUCGUCGCCGGAGGCCGUGGCGCGGAUCGUGGAAUACGCGGACUACUUCCGAUUUCCGGAAGUGCAGCACUUCGACUCCAUCCCCGCUUUGUUGGAGAUGUUGUUGAAGGUGGACUUCUUUGAGAUCACACAGGAAAUGGCUCGCUUCAACCAGGAUUCCUUGGUCGAGACUUUGCGUUCGUGGCGCGUCCUUGCGCAAGGGACCACUGGCUUUGAGCCCUCCUUCUUCUGA